AUGGCUACUCAGGAGCUUACCUACCAAGAUGUGGCGGAGCACAACACCAAGAAGGACCUUUACGUCGUGAUCCACGACGAGAUUUACGACAUCACCAAAUUUGUUGACGAGCACCCUGGUGGUGAAGAGGUCCUUCUUGACGUUGCUGGUCAGGACUCCACCGAAGCCUUCGAGGAUGUUGGCCACAGCGACGAGGCCCGCGAGACGCUCGAACAGCUCAAGGUCGGCACUCUGAAGCGCAACCCCGGUGACCCGAAGCCCAAGACACCCCUUCCCGGCGCCGUCGCCCCGUCCGCCAACAAUGAGUCGGCCGGCUUCGGCGUGGGCCUGUACGCUGUCGUUCUUAUUGGCGGUCUGCUCGGCUACUUCGGCUACCAGUACCUCCAGCAACAGCAAGCUGCGGCGGGCAGCGCCUAA